UGAACGUUUGCAGUUCGAUCGGCCAUAUUGUUCUCCGGGUCUUACACAACGCCCUCACACGAACGAUCAAGAGUUUACGAGGUAAGCGAAUAAUUUCGAGGUUUCGUGCGGCGAUCGAGCUUGGAACAGCGUGCGAAUACAAUUCCGUUCGAAGAAAGACGAUUUUUGGCGAUACUGGAGGAAACCUGUGACCACUGGGCGCGAGCAAAACGUGGAAGAUCGAUUAAUGCGAGAAGAUAUACUCGUAUAAAUUAAUGAUUCGACCAUGACGAGUAACGUAGCAACAAUAAAAUUAGAAGAGGGGCAGGAAUCUGUGACAGAGAUACAAACAUAUUUGGAAACAUUUAAUAAAGAAAUAGAAGGAGGUCAGGGGGAGCAAUUGCAACAUGUGCAAUUGCAACAAGUAGAAGGAUUGUCGGGUGGAGAGGAAGGUGGAACUUAUUUUGUUGACCAAUCUGGUCAAUAUUAUUAUCAAGCAAAUAGUGAUGAGACACCUGUAAUGACGCAAGUGCAAAUUCAAGAAGUAGAAGAAACCGAUGUACAGAACGAAGGGGACACUUCUCAGGAGGAACAGUAUCAUGAGAUUGAAGAACUUGAAAAUGUAGAAGGAGACGAAGAUGGACAAGUGGGUAAUAAUGGAAAUAAUCAAGUUGUAAUUAACUCUGGAGAUGCGUAUCAGACUGUCACGAUCGUGCCAUCCGACACCAAUCCUGGCGAAGUCAGUUACGUGUUAAUCGUUCAGCAACCCGAUUCCGAAGACAAAGAUAGCAGACCCGUGGAAAGAGAAGGAACAGAGGGCGAAGAAGGAGAAGGGGAACAAGAUCUUACUGUCUAUGAUUUUGAAGACAAUGAAGACAAUGAAGUUCCCGUGGAAUCGGAAGCAGAAGAUGAUAAAACCAAAAUUAUUAAAUUUCUACCCAAAAAGUCCCAAACAGUUACUCAAGCUCAUAUGUGUAAUUACUGUAACUACACUAGCCCAAAACGGUAUCUGUUAUCGCGGCAUAUGAAAUCACAUUCUGAAGAAAGACCCCACAAAUGUAGUGUUUGCGAAAGAGGGUUUAAGACAUUAGCCUCGCUUCAAAAUCAUGUUAAUACACACACCGGGACCAAGCCUCAUCAUUGCAAAUUUUGUGACAGUGCAUUUACCACUUCUGGUGAACUUGUUAGACAUGUUCGUUAUAGACACACUCAUGAAAAACCACAUAAAUGUCAUCAGUGUGACUACGCGUCGGUUGAACUGUCUAAAUUGAAGCGUCAUAUUAGAUGUCAUACCGGGGAGCGUCCGUAUCAGUGUCCGCAUUGCACGUAUGCGAGCCCCGAUACAUUUAAGCUAAAACGACAUUUGCGCAUACACACGGGAGAAAAACCAUACGAGUGUGAUUUUUGUCAGGCGAGAUUCACUCAGUCCAACAGCCUGAAAGCUCAUAAAUUGAUACACAACGUUGGCGACAAGCCAGUAUUUCAAUGCGAAUUAUGUCCCACGACAUGUGGACGAAAAACGGAUCUCAGAAUUCACGUGCAAAAAUUACACACUUCCGACAAACCUUUGAAAUGUAAACGUUGUGGGAAAACAUUCCCGGAUAGAUACAGUUACAAAUUACACAGUAAAACACACGAGGGAGAAAAAUGCUAUAAGUGUGAUUUAUGUCCGUAUGCAUCGAUAUCCGCGCGACAUCUUGAAAGUCACAUGUUAAUUCACACGGAUCAGAAACCUUAUCAGUGCGAUCAUUGCUUUCAAUCGUUCAGACAAAAACAACUUCUCAAACGACAUUGUAAUCUUUAUCACAAUCCCUCCUACGUUCCUCCACCGCCACAAGAGAAGACGCAUCAGUGUCCCGAAUGUGAACGUCCGUUCCGGCACAAAGGAAACCUUAUUCGACACAUGGCUGUUCAUGAUCCGGAAUCAUCUCUCCAAGAAAAGCAGCAAGCGCUAAAAAUGGGUAGACAGAAAAAGAUUCAAAUCAUAGACGGACAGAGAGUUGAAGUUAUGACAGGUGAUUUAGCUUCUAAACUUAAAGGUUAUGAAGAAGAAGAAGAAGAAGACGAAGAUGAUAUGAUGGCGGUUGAAGGAAGUGACGGUCAACAAUACGUUGUACUGGAAGUUAUUCAACUAGCUGACAAUCAGGGAACCGAUCAGAUGGCUGUCGUAGCGAGCGAAGACGGAGAUUUGGUAAUGCAGGACCCUUUAAGUCAAGAAAAUGGUAUUGUAACCGGCACAGGGGAAGACGGGGACGAGGUGGAAGAAGAUGAAGACGUAGAAAUUGAUGAACUAAAACUGGAGUCAGCGUCUACUAAAUCAUCUCAAAAUACGCGAAGCGAUCCAAAGUUACAGAAGGAAAUGGAAACCUGUUUUGGAUUUGACGAGGAAGAGGAGGAAGAAGAAGAAGAAGCCAAUGGCAAUAUAAAUAUAUUGCAGACAAUUUCGUAAUAAGAAUAAAUCAAGAGAAAACUUUACGUAAUAGUCAAAUGUUUUAUCUCUAUCACAGUGUCACAGUGUACAUACUGUGUGAGUGCAGUGUACUACUAUGAUAUUUAAAAAAACUCUGCAUGGCUUUAAUGGAGCUAUCUUUCGGGGCUAGAGUGGUCCACAUACAUGGUACAAGAACUUUUUUGCCACUAGUGCAUUAGAUGUACGUAAUAAUUUAUGAAGGAACAGUAGUUUUGUGGUUUAGUGGAAUAUCAAUCGAAUGUACAAUUAUAAUAAUGUAAAACAUCAUUUUACCUUAUUAUCAGUGACAUUUAACCUCCUUUGGAAGUCAACAUAAACCGACAAAGCACCUUAAUAAUGAAAAACAAAUAUAUUAGUAAUAUAGGUUGGCAUAAUAUUUUUAAACAAGUUAUUUAAACUUCAAUAUAAAAGUACAGCGCAUACUAAAAGUUUGAACCGACCGACGUCGGCCAUUGUUGGAAUGUGGAUAACAAAGAUGGAGUUAUAAAACGAAGUGAGGCUGCAGGUGUAAAUAAAUGCUUACUAUUACACCUCAUUUUAUAGAGAAACACUGUGUUUUAUGAACGACUAAAGGAAAAAAAAAGGAACGCUGAUAUUAAUUAUAUCGAUCGAAUUUUAUGGCAUAUUACAUGAAUAACACUGCAUAUGCAUAAGUAUGUAUAUAAGAAUCAUUAGUAACGAAGAAAUAGGUUAGAAAUUUUUUCGUUCACCUGAAAGAUGUUACAUUCGUGAUUGUAUAUACGUAUUUCGUAAUAAUAAUAAACUGUCACUUUACAAAUAAGUACCUAUGAAUGCUAUUAAUAAUUGCGAUUAUUAUACGAAAACUGAACUUUUUGUUCAUAUAUAAAUGUAUGAAUGGCAGACAGUAACUCGAUGUUAAGUGUAAUAUUAUGAUCACCAGUGUGUUUACAAUGCUUCUUUUUCAUCCCACUUUCAACAGUUUUUGUUGCACAAAAUACAGGGAUUCUCGGAAUAUUUUCUUUUCCAGGUUAAUUGCGUUUAUUAAAGAAUAUAAUAAAGAGUAUAUUUGUAAAAAAAAAAAAAAUGAAAUGAAAUUAUAAUGGAUCUGAGGUACCUUGCGUUGCUUCGUCCUUUAACAGUUUAUCAUAUAAUAUACAUUAGUGUGACGUCCAGAAAUUGCAAUUUAUUAUCGGUACGAAUUAUAUAGGUUUCAGUUACGUAAUCAAAUUAUUAGUGUGAACGUAAUCUUACACGCAGUUUUUCGCACAUGAUUGGCUCUAAGUUAUGCUAUGUGUCUCGAAAAACUGUAAAAUUACUGUAAAAUUUUUUACACUUCAGCUGUAAAACUGUAAUUGAGUGAUUGAUAAUCAUUGCGUGCGCUUCGGAACGAGGCACUUUCGUACAUUAUCCCAAAGAAAAGUGGUGUAGCAUUUUCUCUGUAAUAAAUGUUAUGUCAU